CCCAGGGCGCUGGGGGCGGGCGCGGGGGCAGAGAUGGUAUAAAGGGCCGCCCUGCGGAGGGCUGGAGACGCUUGGCUUCCGACCUAGUCUGAGCUCAACUCAGACCCUCCUGAGGCCCAGCAGGAGACCCCUCCUCCAUUCUGUCAGCUCCCAGAGGCUCAAAGGGGCCACAAUGUCUGGCUCCCUGCUCCCGCCCCUGCUGCUGCUAGUGUUGGCCUUAGCCCUGGAGUCUCCUGGCCAAGCCCAGGGAGACGACAGUGGGGAUAAGAUUAUUGAAGGCAAACCGUGCGCGAAGGGCUCCCACCCCUGGCAGGUGGCCCUGCUCAAGGGCAAUCAGCUGCACUGCGGAGGGGUGCUGGUGGACCAGUGGUGGGUGCUGACGGCGGCUCACUGCAAGAUGGACGAGUAUAUGGUGCAUUUGGGCGACGAUCAGCUGAACAGCAUGAGAACCCAGAGGAUCAGGGCCAGACAGUCCUUUCGUCAUCCUGCUUACUCCACACAGACCCACGAAAAUGACCUCAUGCUUGUGAAGCUACAGACCAGGGCCAGGCUGUCACCCAGCGUGAGGAAAGUCACCCUGCCGUCCCGCUGCGAACCCCCUGGGACCACUUGCACCGUCUCUGGCUGGGGCACCACCACCAGCCCCACUGUGACCUUCCCCUCAGAGCUCAUGUGCACAGAUGUCAAGCUCAUCCCCCAUGACGAAUGCAGGAAGGUCUACAAGAGCCUGCUGGGCAACUCCAUGCUGUGUGCGGGCAUCCCCGACUCCAGGACCAACGCCUGCAACGGUGACUCAGGGGGUCCACUGAUGUGCAGGGGAACACUGCAGGGCCUGGUGUCCUGGGGGACUUUCCCUUGCGGCCAGCUCAACGACCCCGGGGUCUACACCCAAGUCUGCAAGUACGUGGGUUGGAUAAGGAGCACCAUGCAAAGGCAUAGCUAAUCCACCUCCAGUGUUAAAUGGCCACUUGGAAGGAACACAAAAUUCACAGAAAUAAGAAUGUCAAUGGUCUGUAAAGUCAUGCUUGACUUCACCUUUCCUCAAAAACGUAUUUAAAACUGCAACAAUAUGCAGGUUUUGAAACCACUAACAUAGCAAGGACUUAAAACCAAAAGACUAAAAGAAACACACACAUACACACAAAAAUUCAGUGCUGGUGAAGAUGCAGUGAAACCAGCAUUCUCAAACAUUGGAACUGUAAAUUCAUACAGUCUUCCAGAAGGAUGUUUAACAAUGUGAACCCAGACCCUUAUUUGUCACUUUGACCUAAUAGUUCCAAAAAGAUACUAAAAAUAUUCACAAUGGAGAGCCAGAUUUGAAUUCAUCACAACAUUACUUAAAGCAAAAAUUGGAAACACUGAAUAUGUUUCAAGUUAGUGGACUGUUUAGGUAAACAGUAGGCCAUUUGACAGAAUAUUAUGAAGCUGUUAAAAAUAAUAAUUUUGCAGAAUUGUUCAUGUUAUGCAAAAAAAAAAAAAAAUUCUGCCGUAUCAUGUUAAUUGAAAAAA